CAAAACACGAAUCGCGAACCAGUUUAAAGUUAAAUUAAAGUGAAAACAAUUAAAGAUUCAAUCAACUGCAGUGGCCUACAGCCCAAAAAUGUACAACGGAUCCGCCGAUAAGUGAGCUCUUGGUAUUCCGGAUGAAAUUCGUAACGAAAGGUUGAUGCAGGAGCGUGAGGCAAUCCCGGUGGCUUCCGCUGGGUGUUCCGAUGACGACGAGAAGUAAGCGAACGCGGUAAGACGACGAAGGUGGGGCUGGAGUCACGCGUGGCGAAUUCGGCGACCAGCGGUACAAACCGAGGGAGAGAUAAGCGACAACGACGACGACGACGACCAAUGUAAGAUAAACCGUGCACAAUCGCGCCAGCCACGCCAAACGCACGAUAUCAGCGUGGAAAAGGGGCGCGAGAGCGAGGGCAGUGCCACCACGGUGAGUGGCUCGACGACCACGAUGGAGACCGCAACACCGACAGUAUCGGACGGCGAGGCGAUGGGCUCGAACGGUGCCAGUAGCAAGAUUUGCAGCGUGUGCGGUGACAAAGCCCUCGGGUGCAACUUUAACGCGAUCACCUGCGAGAGCUGCAAGGCGUUCUUCCGGCGGAAUGCCCUCUCCAAGAAGCGGUUCACGUGUCCGUUCAAUGAGCAGUGUGAAAUUACGAUCGUUACCCGGCGGUUUUGUCAGAAAUGUCGGCUCGAAAAGUGCUUUCGGAUCGGCAUGAAGAAGGAGUACAUCAUGUCGGAGGAAGACAAGGUCAUCAAGCGGAAGAAGAUCGAACAGAAUCGUGCCAAAAAGCGGCUCAGCAAUGGGCAACCGGAAGAGGCAAUUGGAGGCGAUGGCGGCGAUGUAGGUGUCACCGGUGGUGGGCAACGGUCGACGGGCAACACUAGAAACGGAGUGCCGAUAAAGAUAAAGCGUGAAAAAUCGAUCGAAAUUUUCGACGCCGGUGAAUCAUGGAACAAUUCGUCCUCCUCCGAGUACUGCUCGACAGAUGUUGGCCACGGGGUAGGACUGGACCCAUCGAACUCGUCUAAUCAUUCGCACACUUCGAACGACACAGCGUCCGCUGGCUUGAAUCACGUGGCCUCACCAUCGUCAGUGUUCAGCAGCUGCACUGAUCCUAGCGCAACGAUUUACAAUCAAAAUAAUUCACUUUCCAGCGAAGCGGAACUGCUAUCGGUAGCCGUAGCAUCAUUACAACAAAGCGGAAGCAGUGCCAUGGUGAAGGGACCAUCGGUAUCCUCCGCCAUCGGACAAUCAAGUGGAUCGCGAGCUAGUAACGGAGACGAUUCCCAAUCCGCGUUACCGCCGCUAACGAUCGAUUCGAGUGCGGAGGACAUUGUCAAUCGGAUUGUUAAUUAUCCGACGCGAGCGAGUCAAACGAUUGCGUCGCUCAUGAAGACCCCGCGCGAUGCAGUAUUCAUCAUGUCGAAGAUUAUUCACUCGCAGUGUGAUGCGCUGAAGCUGAUAAGCCACUUCAUAAGCGCACCUGGCGAUGCACUUCAGAUAAUCAGCAAAAUCAUGAACUCCCCGCUGGACGCGCUGACGGUAUUUGCACAGUUUAUGAGCUCACCGACCGAUGCCCUGCAGCUGAUUGGGAAGAUCGUUAGCUCACCCUCGGAUGUGCUACAGUUUAUGCAGCAGCUCAUGAACCAACCGGAGGAUGCGCUUCAGAUCAUGAACAAGUUUAUGAGUUCGCCAGCCGAAGCGCUGCAGAUGAUCAACAAGAUGAUGAACCAUUCCGAUAUAGUGAAAACGAUCAAAGAGGCUGCCGAUACAUCGCAGAAGGAUGACGAUGAUCAGCAGCACCGGCAGCCCCAACCAGAACAACGACCACCACCACCACCACCAGAAACCGUUCCUAGUGCGGCCGAUCCGGCAGACACCGUAUCCGAGCAGCAGCACCAGAUGAUACGCUCGCUGAUGCAGGAUUCAGUAACGCUCGAACCGGUUACCGCUACACCGAUUAGUGCGUCCGCAUCACCAUCGUCAACCUCCAACUAUGAACCACCGUUCAGCUCCAUGCUCGACCCGUUACUAUCGAGCACUACUCUGCAUUCUGGUUCGACUGCAGCAGCAGCAGCAGCAGCCGCUGCUGCGGGAGGAGUUUAUCAUUCCGAUCACAGGGCUAUCGGUCCAUCGCAUUCCCCUCACUGCUCGACCGAUAUGGCCGAUGUCAUGUUUGCAUCGAGCACGUUCGGGCAAGAUCUUUCCAACCCGGCAGCAGCCAUCACCGAACCGGCACCGGAAGAUCUGGACAUCUUUCAAGACAUCGAAACGAAAGCGAUUGCACCGAACUCGCUGGAAUCGGUGCUGAUGCAGGCCAUCAAGCUGGAGUACGAAGGAUACAAUAGUGCACCGAUUGGUGGUGGUGGUGGUGUAAGCGGUAGUAGUAGUGGUAGUGCUAGUGGUGCUAGUGGUAUCAGUUUGGGACAACAAAUAAGUUCCGUCGGUAGUAAUAGCAUCGAACUAAACGAUGCUGAAAGAGCCAAGUUGAACGAGCUGAUUGUGGCCAACAAGGCGCUCUACGCGCCCGUCGAUGAUGAUCUGGCCUCUCUCAUCUCGGAUGACUGCAGAAUAAAGACCAACCAACCGCAACAGGAUCCACAGCUGCUGAAGGUGAUCAACCUCACUGCCAUCGCCAUACGACGGUUGAUAAAGAUGUCGAAGAAGAUCAGUGCCUUCAAGAAUAUGUGCCAGGAGGAUCAGUUGGCACUGUUGAAGGGAGGCUGUACGGAGAUGAUGAUAUUGCGAUCGGCCAUGCAGUACGACUGUGAUAGAGCAACGUGGAAGAUUCCUCACAGUCAAGAAGAGAUGUCCAACAUUCGGGCCGAUGUGCUGAAGCUUGCCAAAGGAAACGUUUAUCAGGAGCACGAACGCUUCAUCCGAACAUUCGACAAGAAGUGGCGCUCGGAUGAAAACAUUAUUCUGAUCAUGUGUGCCAUUACCCUGUUCUCUCCGGCACGUCCGAAAACCAUACACUCGGACGUAAUUAAGCUGGAACAGAACUCAUACUACUACCUGUUGCGUCGUUAUUUGGAAAGCAUCUAUCCUGGAUGCGAGGCACGCUCAGUGUUUCUGAAGCUGAUGCAGAAAAUAUCCGAGCUGCACCGUUUGAAUGAUGAAAUUAUAAGCGUUUACCUGAAUGUCAACCCGUCCGAGGUGGAACCGCUGUUGCGUGAAAUAUUUGACCUAAAAGUGCAUUGAACGAGGUCGGGCACACAUGCUUGCGCACCUUUAUUUUAGCCUUUCCUCGCAUUUUAUUGAUUAGGAUUGACAACAGUUACAGUUACAGACAUUAUUGUAUUUAAAUUAAACUUGUUGAUCGAUGGUAGGCACAAGCUGGCGUACCAUAAGCGUCUUUGUUAAUUGUUAAGAGGCUCUGGACGAGUGAUUGCAAUCAGGUUAGAAUUACAGCUUUAUCAAAGUUAAAAUGUACUAGGUAAGUUUCUCAGACGAGGUAUACAUUCACUCAAUUAUAGGCUUGUCACGACUGUCCCAGUACCCAGGAACCGGUUAAGGAGUUUGUUUCCAAAACAUGUUUAGUGCAUUCUAAAACGCAGUAGUUCGUAAUUUCAAGAGGCGAAGCAAAAGUACAGGAAUAUACGUAUAAUGUUAAUAGAGCUAUCAUCUUUGCCUUACGAAGCCCUUUGUGAUGCCUUUGCUCUUUGCAGCAGCAGCCGCCGCAUGUGAGCCUUGCCAGAGUGAGUGAGUUGUUUAAAAAGUAAGCCAAACAGUUGUUUGUUAGUUGUUAGUAGUGCAAGUAGGGUAACGAAGACAACGAACAAUGAAACCUGAUUUCACGGCGCUACCACAACGUGAUUUGCUUCGUGUAGCUGGAGCACUUGAGUAAGGUAACAAAUGCAUCACCUACCAGCAAGACAGACAGUUCAAAUUAAUGGUAUACAGUAGAGCGAUGACAACAACGAGAGGCACCAGCUUUAUUGCGUGUUUUGUUAUAGAAUGUGAUAGCCAUUAAGUAGCUUUAAUAUGGAUAGAUAUGAUUUUACUAAAGUUUUUACUUUUUGUUGCACGCUAAAUAUUGAUAGAAACCCUUUAUUUACACCUUUGUUUCGAGUUAUAAGAAAUGUGAAUAAAUUAUUUAUC